AUGGGAGUGCAAACAUGUAUAAGACCACUGGCUGUGGAGGCUAAUAACUUUGAGAUUAAGCCAGCGAUCUUACAAAUGGUGCAGUCCAUCGUGCAAUUUGGUGGCUUACCCUCAGAAGAUCCUCAUAUGCGCAUAGCUAAUUUUCUAGAGUUAUGUGCAACAUUCAAGUAUAAUGAAGUGAGCGGCAAUGCAUUCAGGUUGAGGCUAUUCCCAUUUUCUCUGUGGGAUAGAGCAAUAAUUUGGUUGAACUCCCUUCAAUCCAACUCUAUAAAUACUUGGCAGGAUCUAGCUCAAAAACUCCUGGCCAAGUUCUUUCCUCCAUCAAAGGUAGCAAAGUUGAGGGGAGAGAUUAAUAAUUUCUAUCAGGUGGAGGGAGAGUCUUUGUAUGAUGCCUGUGAGCGUUUUAAGGAGUUGUUGAGAAGAUGCCCCCAUCAUGGUAUCGAUAAGUGGAUGCUUGUCCACAAUUUUUACAAUGGCUUGUGUACUACUACUCGUACCAUAAUUGAUGCUGCAGCUGGUGGGGCAUUCAUGAGUAAGAGUGCCAAUGAAACAUAUGAAUUGUUAGAAGACAUGGCCACCAACAAUCACCAAUGGCUUGAUGAGAGGUCAACGGGUGUUAUAAAGGUUGUCGGAAUUCAUGAACUUGAUGCCAUUACUGCCUUGACUGCUCAGAUGCCAACAAGUUGUGAAAUUUUUAGGGGCCCACAUUCUUUUGAUCAAUGUCCUUCAGGUGACCUUAAUGAUAAUAAUCCUAUGGACCAAGCUCAGGUUCAAGCAGUGGGAAAUUUUCAGAGGCCUUUCAACAACCCAUUCUCCUACACUUACAAUCCUGGUGGGAGAAAUCACCCAAAUUUCUCAUGGAGAAACAAUCAAGGCCAACAGUCACAGUUUUAG